AUGACAUUCAACUCCACCCGCUUCUACACGUUUAACGUAUCAAUCCUUUCAGCAACGAGCUUUGUCCAAACGGGGCUGUGGUUGGAGAGUGCCCACUCGCCGCAGUACAGUGUGCUCAUGCUGCAGCCCAAGUCUUGCCGAGCCUCUCCGUGCUGCGGCUGCAACAUGAUCGAAAGAAACGCUGAGAUCUACUAUGGCCCCGACUGCAAUACCAUGCAUCUGAAUGGCUUGGAGACAACGUUCAAGCGCAUCUUCUAA